AUGGAUGAGAGGUGUGGGAAUGUCGCAACAAUACCGGUCGCGGUGUUCGAUCAUCCAGUACACGUGCACUCGCCGGACUCUCGGGGUCAGCCCGAUGGAAAUCUCCGGCGCCCGACUUUGAUUUAUAAUUGCGCCUGUGGCUCUCGAGAGAGCCUCUGUGUCCACCGCCGGAGAAGCUGCCGACCGACGGCUGUUUUCGCCGAUAAGCACUUCUUACAACUGUAGGAAAAGCCGCAUUCAACCGAAAGAAUAUUCAACCGAAAGAACAUCUGAAAAUCGAGCUCCAGAAGUUUAUGAUCAAAAAAAAAUCGCAGCUUCUAAGUCUUCUCUCCCAAAAAUAACCUGGAUUCCCCUUUUAAACUCUAUCCAAAGAUUCUGAUUCAGAAAUGGAAAAUAAAGUAACAAAAUACUGUAGCGAAAAUUUUGAGUAAAGGAACUCCUGAUUGAUAAUCAGUCUUCAUAGCUAGCUUAAUUUUAAACAAUUUUCCAAAAAUCAAUAUUUCUUCGUAUCUUCUAAAUCUCACAACUGCUCCAAAUGUAUUUACUAUUAUCAAAGCUUCAUUUGGAGCAUGAAGAAAAAUCUGGAAAACCAGGGUCCUAAGUCAAAAAAAUGUCGAAUUCGACCAAAAUAUAUUUUUUUACUUGAAAAAUUCUCACAAAGAAUAUCAGGAAUCGACAUUUUUUUAAAGUCACUAAUUACAGAAAAAAACGCUAGAAACCUCUGGAGGUAGAGUUAAGAACAAAAAAGCUGAAAAAAUUCAUUUUAUUUGGUUAAAAACUCCUAAAGAAAAAUAACAAAGUUAUUGCUUAUAAAUUUCUACGGAAUCGGUAGAAAAAAAUGCCUACAAAAAAAUCAUUAUCAAUUCCUAACGAUCGACUUUUUUUCAAUUUCGAGAGAAAAAGCAGUAAUAAGCAGGGACAGAUAGUUAUGGUGAUCACACUGUGAGCUCAGAAAAACUUGGUUUGAAAUUUUGGUAUAGCCUCUGUACCACGACUUGGAAUUUCAUGGUACGACAUACCGCUGUGCCGCUGCGCGCCUUUGCGAACCUCGCUUUUAAUUUUUUUUUUCUUUCAUUAAGGUACUCUACUUUCAUGUGCUCUCACAGCAAUAACAAUCAAAGGAGAGCGUGACCUAGAUUCGAAAGACGCUUCGCGAACGCACGCAGCGGAACACCGGAAUGUCGUUCCGUGAAAUUUGAAUUCUUGGUACACAGACUAUAAAUGUUGUCAGCGGUUUGUCACGUUUCUGAGUUCUUAUAAAAUAAUAAUAAAAAGACUCUGGAAUAAUAUGCAAUGAUGAUGAGAAGCGGUUUGGAAGAAGCUGCGGGGGAUCGUUAUCAGCGAGGAUGGCAAGGUGUGGACAACGGUCGAGACCGAGAAAAUGGGUCCAGCGACGCCGAAAAGUGCGGACAAAACGGCGGCCAUGACCCACGCCGCUGCUUAUCGCCAAUAUUGUCUACCUCAUCUUUUCUAA